AUGAUUUCGUCCAUAACUGAGAUGGAAACAACUACACCCUCUAGUUUGUUAGAAAAUUAUUUUCAUUCAUCAAUUGAAGGCAAAGUUAUCACAGAAACAGUAAUCAGCAAGUAUAAAGCUAAACCAGAAACAAGUACUCAAGAGUAUAUUACUGCCAAGAACGAAACGUUUAAGUCAAGCAAAGAGGAAAAGACCUACGAAACUUCGGCAAUUUUAAGAUUAUUAACUACACAAAAAACACCUAAGAAAUUAUUUACUAUGUCACAAUCUUUGUUAAAUGAUAAAACAAGUACUAAAAAAGUAUUAAAAGACAUACGUACGACCAAAAAAAUGUCAGCUGAUACUGAUUCAACACAAUUUUUAUCAAGUUUUACCAAAGAACAAGAAAAUACAACAACUUUAAAAGAAACUGAAAUAUUAUCUACAGUUAAACACAAAAGCUAUACAGAGGAGAAGGCUAAACAAAAAACUACAGCUAAAUUUAUACCAGGGACAAAAAAAGAAACAACAAAAUUAUUAGCUGCAACUUUAACUGAAUGUGAAGAGUGUCCAGAAUUCGAAACAAAAAAAGAAAUGUUCACAGUAUCCUCUUUGAGUGAUCAAAAAUUGACAAAAAUUGCUCAUAAAGACAAAAAAACGAAAAAGGUAACAUCUAGUUUGAAUCAUGUUUCAGAUGUUCAGGUUAGUAAAAAGCCCCAAGUUAGUACCCAAACACCUAACUCAUUAACGGCACAAAUUGAUGAAGAGGAAGGGGAAUUGGUUAUACCCCAUAUAAAAUCUGUUGCGUCCAAAACGUUAACACCUUCAAUAACUACACCAGUUCAGCAGAUACAUGAAUAUGUGACAAGAAGUCGUAAGCAAACAACAGAGGAAUUACAAACAGUACCUGCUCUUACUGUAGCUUUAACUAAUGUGAGCUUUCCAGCAAGCAUUAUGCAAACACCUAAAAUUGAAACUGAAGAAACUUUCUCAGAAAUAACAAUAAAGACAAAUUUUGAACAAACUGAAAUGAGCUCUAUUGAAAAUGAAACAAGCAAUUUUACACAAAAAUCGUCGAUGACAGUUCCAUCAUUGACUCCAAUCAAAACUACAGAGUAUCAAAACGUAACAAUUCCUGAAACUGAAACUAAAACCAGUACAACCUUAAUAUCUGAAACUAUUCAAGAAUAUUUUAAUGAUUUAUUAUCAACAGAACUAUCACUACAACAUAAAACUGAAGAAACUGCAACUAAAAUAUAUAAAAAUACAACACGAACAACAUCAAAAACAACAAAAGCACUAGACAUUUCAGAAACAGAAGAACUACAAGAAAUAUCAGAAGAAGAAUCUAAAAUAUCAGAAUCCCCAGAACCUGUCAAAAUUUCAGAAAAACUGGAAAUACCAGCAUCACUUGAAGUUUCAAAAAUAUCAGAAAUACCAAAAACAUCAGAAGAACCUGAAAUAUCAGAAAUACUAAAAACACCAGAAACACUAGAAAUAUCAGAAAUAUUAGAAGCAACAAAAUCACAAGAACGUCUUGAAAUACUACCAAAAACAAAAGCACUAGAGAUAACAAAAAUACCAGAAACAACAAAUGUAGAAAAAACACCAGAAUCAUCAGAAGUAGAAGAAACACGAGGAACAUCAGGAGCAUCCGAAAUACCAGUAAAAUCAUACACAAUAAAAAUAGCUGAAAUUUCAGAAUCAACUGAAAUAUUACAAUCUCCGGAAACAUUGGAAACAACGGAAGUGCAAGAAUUUCCAGAAACCACAAACAUACCAGAACUGCUAGAAACAUCAGAAACUGUGGAAAUAAAAAAUAAAUCAGAAAAAACGACGGAAGGAUCAAAAGCAACAGAAAUACUACAAACAUCAGAAACAUUGGAAAUAUCAGAAAUAAUACAAAUAUCAGAAGCACUAGAAGUAACAAAAACGCCGCAAAUAAAAGAAUCAGGAUCAUCAGAAAUACAACAGGUAUCAGAAGUAUCAGAAGUUGCAGAAAUAACUGCAAAAUCAAAUACAACAAAAAUGGCAGAAACGUUAGAAGCUGUAGAAAUACCUGAAGUAUCACAAUUACCAGAAAUAUCAAGAACCACAAAAACAGAAUCAUCAGUAACGGAAGAAAUAAAAGGAACAUCAGAAGUAUCUGAAAUAUCAGAAAAACCAGAAGCUCUAGUAACUUUAGAAGUACCACAAACGAUAGAAACAUUAAAAGCAACAAUAACUCAAGUAAGAGCAAAAACACAAAAAAUACCAGAAACUUUAAAACUACAAGAAACUACGAAAGCUUCAGUCAUAUCAGAAAAAGCUAAAACAUUACAACAAAUAACAAAAACAUCAGGUGUACCUGAAAUAUCACUAUCUCCAAAAACAUUGGAAAUCACGGAAAUAACGGAGGUGGUAGAAUCUUCAGAAACUACAGAAAUGUUGCUAGAAACGGAAAAAGACACACAAGAAGAAUCAAAAGCAACAGAAAUACUACAAAUAUCAGAAACGCUAGAAAUAUCAGAAAUAACACAAAUAUCGGAAGUACUAAAAAUAACGGAAAUAUCAAACACGACAGAAACAAAAGAGUCAGGAUCAUCAGAAAUACAAGACUUAUCAGAAGUACAAGAAACAUCAGAAAUAUCUGAAAUAUCAGAAUUACCAGAAAUAUUAAAAUAUACGGAAAAUACUACACUAAAAAUAGCAAAAACAAAAGAAGUAUCUAAAAUACUAGUAUCAUCAGAAACACUAGAAACAUCAAAAAUACCAGAAGUUCUAGUAACAUUGGAAAUACCACAAACAUCAGAAACGCUAGAAAUACCAAAAAUAACACAAAUAUCAGAAAUAUUAGAAACAACGGAAACUCCAGAAACAACAGAAACAGAAGAAUCAGAAUCAUCAGAAACAUCACAAAAAUCUAAAGCUCUAGAAAUUACUGUAAAACCAAAUAAAACAAGGUUAGCAGAAACAUCAGAAACUGCAGAAACACCUCAAAUAUCAGAAUGGCCAGAAAAAUUAGAAUAUAUGAAAACUAAUACACUAAAAAUAGAAAAAACACCAGAAGUAUCUGAAAUAUUAGUUCCAUCAGAAACAUUAGAAACAUCGAAAAUACCAGAAGUUUUAGUAACAUUAGAAAUACCACAAACAUCAGAAAUGCUAGAAAUAUUAGAAAUAACACAAAUAUCAGAAAUCAUCGGUAUAUCGGAAGAAUCAGAAUCAUCAGAUAUACAAGAAACAUCAGAAAUAUCAGAAACACUAGCCGCUCCAAAAAUUACCAUAAAACCAAAUACAAUAUCAAAAACACAAACAUCAGAAACUGCAGAAACACCUGAACCAUCAGAAUUACCAGUUAUAUUAGAAACCACUGAAACAGAAGAAAAGCUAGAAAUACUAGAACCAUUAACAUCAGAAACAGCAAAAAUACAAACAACAGCAGCAGUAACAACACCACAAGCACCAGAGACACUAAAAAUCUCAGAAACAUUCAAAUCCACAAAAACACAAGCAACACUAGAAACAGAAGAAAUACAAGAAAUAUUGGAAGUAGAGAAGACACCAGAGGAGCCAGAAAUAUUAGGAAAACCACAAACGUUAAAAACAACACAAACUUUAAAACCACCUAAAGUAUCAGAGUCUCCAGAAAAACAACAAACAUCACAUGCCUCGGAAACACCGAAAAUGAUAGAAACACCAAUGAAACUAUAUACACCAAAAAUAAAAGAAAAAUCAGAAACAUCAGAAACAUCAGAUAGGUCGAAAACAUCAGAAUCAUCAGAAACGUUAGAAAUACCAAAAAUGUCAGAAACACCCGAAACCUCACAAACAUUUGAAACAUCUGAAGCAUCUGAAGCAUCUGAAACAUCUGAAACAUCUAAAACAUCUGAAACAUCUGAAACAUCUGAAACAUCUAAAACAUCUGUAACAUUUGAAACAUCUAAAACAUCUGAAACAUCCAAAACAUCUAAAACAUUUGAAAAAGCAGGAACAUCAGAAAUUCCUAAAACCUCAAAAAGGUCAGUAAUAUCUGAAAAACCAGAUACAUCAGAGACGUCAGAAACAAAAACAUCAUUAACAUCAGAAAUAUCAAAUACGUCAGAAACAUCAGAAACAUUUAAAGCAUCUAAAAAAUCUGAAACAUCAGAAACGUCAGAAAAAUUGGAAACAUCAGAAGCGUCAAAAACAGAAACAUCAGACACGUCGAGAACGUCAGUAACAUCAAAAUCAUCUAAAUCGUCCAAAACUUCAGAAAUAUCGGAAAAAUUAGAAAUUUUAGUAACAUCUGAAACAUCUGAAACAUCUGAAACAUCUGAAACAUCUGAAACAUCUGAAACACCUGAAACAUCUAAAACAUCUGAAACAUCUGAAACAUCUGAAAAAUUUGAAACAUCUAGAAUAUCUGAAAUAUCUGAAAUAUCUAAAACAUCUAAAAUAUCUAAAACGCCAGAAACAACAAAAACAUUCAAAACAUCAGAAACAUCAAAAAUAUCAGGAUCAUCUGAAACAUCUGAAAUAUUUGAAAUAUCUGGAGCAUCUGAAAUUUUUGAUACAUCUGAAAGAUCAGAAACAUUAAAAAUAUUAGAAACAUCGGAAACUUCUAAAACAUCAGAAGGAUCAGACACAUCGAAAAAAUUUGUUUCGUCUAAAACAUCAAUUACAUCAAAAACAGCAGAAAUAUCGGAAAGUUCUGAAACAUCUGAAACAUCAAAAACGUCAGAAAAAUCAGAAACGUCAGAAAUAUCAGAAAAGUCGGAUUCAUCAGACACCUCAGAAACAUCAAAAUUAUUAGAAACAUCAGAACAAUCACAAAUAUCAGAAACAUCUGAAACAUUUGAAACAUAUGAAACAUCUGAAACAUCUGAAACAUCUGAAACAUCUGAAACAUCAGAAACAUCUGAAACAUCCGAAACAUCUGAAAUAUCUGAAACAUCUGAAACAUCUGAAACAUCUGAAACAUCUGAAACAUCUGAAACAUCUGAAACAUCUGAAACAUCUGAAACAUCGAAAAUAUCUGAAACAUCUGAAACAUCUGCAAUAUCUGAAACAUCUGAAAUAUUAGAAAUGUUACAAACGUCAAAAACUUCUGAAACAUCUGAAACAUCAGAAACAUUAGAAACAUCAGAAACAUCAGAAAUAUCAGAAACAUCAGGAACAUCAGAAACAUCAGAAAUAUCAGAAACAUCAGGAACAUCAGAAACAUCAGAAACAUCAGAAACAUCAGAAACAUUAGAAACAUCAGUAACGUCAAAGAUAUUGGAAUCAGUACAAACAUUGAAAGCUUUAGAAACAGAAGCAUCAGUAACAUUAGAAACUUCAGAAAUAUUAGAAAUAUCAGAAAUAUCCGAAACAGAAAAUACUGAAACUAUAGAAACAAGAAAAACAGUAAAAGCACAAGAAACUAAAAAAAGACCAGAAACAUCACAAACACUAGAAUUACUAGAAACAUUGAAAAUCACAGAAACACCAGAGGCUACAGAUAGUCAAAGAAAACCACUUACAGUUAAAAUAUCGGAAACAUCUGAAGCAAUAGAAGACACAUCAGAAGAAACGUCUGAAACAACAAAAAGUCCAGAAACAUCUACAAUAGAAUUGGUAGAAGGAAAACAAAAAACAUCGGAAUUAUUAGAUACAUCACGAACUGCGGAAAGCCCCGAAACAGUAUCAGAAACAACAUUGGAAACAGUAUCAGAAAUAAUAAAAACAACGGAAACAUAUGUAAGAGAAGAGUUAGUAGAAUCCCAAAAAGUAAAAGAAACACCAGAAGUACCGGAAUCUCCCGAACUGUCAAUAAAACCACAGACAUUAAAUGUUACAGAUAUAUCAGAAACAGAAGGAGCACUAAAAACUACAGAAACUGCAGAAUUGUUAGAAACAUCUGAAAUACUAGAAAACACAGAAAUAUUGGACUCGUAUGAAACAUUAGAAAUAAUAAAAAUGAAAAAUAUAUCAGAAAGCCCUGACGUACGACAAACAGCAGAACCAAUAGAAUUGCCAGUAACACCACAAGUAACAGAGAUACAAGAAAUACCAGAAACACUCAAAUCAUCUGAAACACAAGAGUCCUAUACACUAAAAAUGACAAAAACAUCGGAAAUACCAGAAACACAUGAAAUAUCAGAAUCGCCAGAAAGACUAAAAACUACAUUAAUACUGGCAACGCUUAAAACAUUACAAACACAGGAAAUGCCAAAAUCAUUAAAAACAACAGAAACACAGAAUACACCCGAAAUAACAGAAUCACCUGUAACGCAAAAAAUUAAAGAGACAUUAGAGGCACAAGAACCAUCAGAGAUUACAGAAAUACCAGUGAAAUCUCAAACGUUAAAAGUAACACAAACACUAGAGAUCUUAGAGACGCUGGGACUAUCAGAAAUACCACAAGCAGAAGAAGUAGAAGAAACAUCGGAAAUAGCGAAGACAACAAAAAUACUUCAAACUUCUGCAUUAAUAUCUGAAACAACUCAAAAGAUAAUAGAAACUGGGACAACUUUACAAAUAUUCGAACUUAAACCAAAUAUUUCUGACAUUAUUUUGCCUAUGUCAUUAAUAACAUCUGAGAAUCAAACAAUGAAAACGCAACAAUAUUCUAAGUUGACUGAAACAGAAACUCAACCAGAAGCGUAUGAAACUGAUUAUGGACCACAACCCAGUGAAUUUCCAAGAAACUAUUUUACAGUUUACCUAGAAAUUUUCCAAAACAAAACAUUAGAAACUAAACAAUCUUCACAAACCACUCUAAGCGAACCCGUAGGGUUAUUAAGAAUAUCUGAAAAGGAACAAACAACUUAUGCCACUACAUUCCCAGAAUUUUUUCAGACUGAAACAGACAACGCUUUCCCAGUUGUUACAAAUGAAACACAAAAGCAAACUUUAGCAGAAAAUACAUCCUUUAAAACGUAUAACAAUGGAAACUAUAGCAGCAGCACGAGAAAAAACAACAAUUUAUGA